AUGGAAAGGGGAAAUGCUAAAACACCCAUUGCUGAGAAGCCUCAAUCUCAGCGAAGGAAGAAAAAGGUGGAGAUAACCACUUCGAACUCCACUCGUUCCCGAAGGGCUAAAGAGGUCAAAAAGGUGGAGGUUAUCAUUCUUUCCUCUGAUACCUCUGAUUCUGAUAGCGCUGAUGGGGAUUACGUUUCGUUUCUGGAGACGUAUGUUCCUCCCGAGCUUUCUUCUCGUGCUUCUUCGUCGGGUGAAGAAGAUGGAUCCCGGAUUACCGUGGAAUCCAAGAUGACGCUUCCUGAGCCUGUGCAGAAGGAUUCGGAAUCCGAGCGAAUCAAACUUGAUGGGCGGAUCCGUAUCGAGAUCCCGGGGAAAGCAGAUUCUGGAGCCGUGGGAACCGAGGGUGUUGAACCUCCUCCUUCCAAAAAACAAAAGGUAGAGAAGACUACUCAAAAGGCUGGGAGUGCUGACAAGGGCAAAGGCGCGGCUUCCAGUUCUUCUCAGCCUCCUGCUCAAGACGUUGAAGCCGCUGCGCCCCUUUCCUGGAGCUCCUUCGAUCCUCUGGAGUUUAUUGAGAGAGGAGUAACCAUGGUGGGUGACAUGGCUCGCUUUACCAACACUUCGACGGAAGACCUGAGGAAGAAGGCCUUAGAGUAUGAAGUCAAGGGUACUCUUCUUAAUUAUCUGCUGACAAACCGCCAGGAGCAAGAGGUUCUAGAGGCGAGGCAAAAAGUGAAGAUGGUUGAUGAUAAUCUCGCUGAUAUUGAGAAGAAGUAUUCUGAAACCAAGGCGAAGCUGGAGGAUGAUAUCAAAAGGCUGAAGGAAGAAAGGGAGGGCGAGGCAGAAAGGUUGAGGAAAGAUUACGAAGAAAAACUGGCGAAGGUCAAAGAAAGCUACGCCGCCUCUGAGGCAAAGCUCAAGGAGAAUGCUGCUGCCCAGGUUGAGAAGCUUUCCAAGCUUUCCAAGAAGAAAGAUGAGGCGGUGCUCUCUGUUGGGACCUUGGCUGAUGAGAAGGCUAGGUUGGAAAAUGACAUCAACGAGCUUCAACUUUGUGCAGCCAACCAAUAUGAUGAAGGCUUCGCCUUUGCGAUCGAGCAGGUUAAGUUGCUCUUUCCUGAUUUGGAUGCUGAGCGCCUAGGCGAGGCCGAUGCAAUGAAGCAGAUAGUUGAUGGAAAGCUCGUCCCUUAUGUUCCUCCUGAAUGA